CAGGACCUUCUCAGCAUUAUUCGAUGUUGUGGAGGUAGAAAUUCGUCGCAACAGGCAUAGGUUCCUGUGUCGCCUGGGUGGUCUCUUUUAAUCCAAACAUGUGCAUACCAUAGAGUAAUUACAGCUUUCUUAAUUUGCAGCUGUUGAAUCGUUCGUCCUCAUCGACGGCGCUAGUGUCGCAUGAUAUGGUAACUCGUUGGUCGAUUAGAGAUGUAAGUAAAUACAGUAAAAAAAGGUGGGACUGGGAUGUUGUUGUAAUUAGUUACUCGAUGAUGUUGCUGAUCUCGUUGUCACUCAAUUAAGUUUGCGGCCUCGUAUUGUUUCAACAGCCACCGUAAACGUAGUCGUACAUCUUGAUUGUUGUUUGGCGCGAUGAUUCUGAAAUCCAUGUUCAUCUACACAAAAUAGAUUAAGUUUGUUUUUGAAUGGUCAUUUAAGUACUCGCUUCCGUAAGUAAAGUUUGUUGUCUUUUUUAUACAUAGGAUCGUCAUCGUGUGCUGUAUAGACACAGUGGUGUAUCUGUAUGAUGUAGUAAAAAUAUGAAUACCUGAGACUCAUGCCUUGUGGUGGGUCGUGUGUUGUUUGGUCUCAAAAAAAGUAGUGCUAAAGCAAGAACAUGAGAGGUUAGAAGCAGAACAACAAGUUUAUCCUCCGGUGUCGCACUUUGGCAUGCCACAGCGCGACAUGAGUCAAGGAGUGCAAGCAAAAGGUGGCUCUCUAUUUGCUAGGGUGAAAUGAUUCCUAUCGAUAAAGGAGGAACACGACAUCAGGCGGAAAAGAGGCGAUCGUGGAGUAGAAGGAGAUCAUCACCAGAAUAAACGUAGAAGUAGUAGGGUCCACUUCACGAAGAUCUGGUAUAAGAACGACGACUCAUGAUCGAUAUCGAAGCUGGCGUAGUUCAAAACAAGAAGAAGAAUCAGAUCGUCUUUCAUUCCGAAGUUUGUGACACGGCCACUUGUUGACCUACUUCUACAACUACAACAAACUCCUGUAAGCGCUUCUAGUCCAUCAAUCUACGCCAGGGAAAAUGUCUGCUGAGCGAGCGCGUUGCGGCCCGGCCGUGCUCCGGGAGGCGUCGGAAACGGCACCGUUUCUGCGAGAUGCGCUCACUUCAUCCACUGCUUCAGGUGUCGAAAAUUCGAGAACAUCUUCAGAUGAGUUGCUACAACAUUCAAGCUUUAUGAAACUACAGCACAGUGUUGUUCAUCUUCAGGUGAAGACCUCGUCGAAGUAAGUAGUAGUUUUCCAAAAUCUCUACUUGCAUCUCUGUGUGACGAGGAUUACUUAUCGAGGAUGAUGUAAUUACCCCAAGUAGCAUGGCAUCAUGCUAUAUUUACCUACAACAUCUUUUUAUCUUAAUGCAGCGUUAGUGAAGGUAAACAACCUACAAUCUUCUAGUACUAGUGACUGAAGGUAAACAAAAGAUCAUCAUCAUCAUCAUCAUCAUCAUCAUCAUCAUCGUCAUCAUAUUUAUCUACAUCAACACUGUAACGCCUUUCAAUGUUGAAUCUUCCAAUAGCAAAGGAAUCUUUCGUAGAACCCUUUGUUUGAGCAGCAUUGUAUGUUCCAAUAUAAUUUCCAUGCUUCUAAGUCUUCACGCAGUGUCGCUAGUCGUCGAAGCUGUACCUCGAAUCUAUCCAGUGACGCCGAUGUCGCGACUGACGCUGGCGGUGUCACAACGCAUGUGGAAUACAAUAACAACGUCAUUAGAGCAUGGGUGUACACGCUUCUCAGCUUCGCCGUCGGCAUGGCCUUGGUGCACAUCACAAAGUGGAUUUAUGUGGUGUAUCACUUCAACCACGCUCUGUGGCUUACAGUCUCGCAUAUGGUUGCGACGUACCUCAUGUCAGUAAUCGUCGUUACCUUCUUCUCAGACUACUUUCCCAAGCGACGCCAACUCAACUUCAGGGAAUCCAUCUUCCUCGUCACGCCGUUCAGGUACUAUUUCAACUUGGUUUAUCCGCGUAGUUACACUAAUACUGCGACACUUAUUCUUCAUACUCCUGAUGCUGCGAUGAAAAACCUUCGAAAAUUCUUGAAGGAUCUUUUUUGUUUAAGUUUUUUACCUUCGAUGUGUUUUCAUAGGCUUGCUACUUGUAAUUACCGGGUCAAAACCCAUUCGAAGCUACUUAAUAAUGAACUUCCAAUAGGGAGUUGUGCUGCUCCUUUCGAGGUUUCUGUGGACGGCCGAAAGAGAUAGAAAAAAACUCUGGGAUAUUUCAACUUUUUUCGGCCGUCUCAGCAAGUUCUCCGUGGUUUCGCAGGGUUUCUCAGCACUUUUAAGAAGGCAUGUCUUCGAAUGGCCGAAAAAGAUAGAAAAAAUCCUUUCGAUAUUUCAACUUUUUUCGGCCGUCGUCCAAAGAACAAAUCGUCUGCUGUGCUUUCCUGGCAUCCAAUUUAUGUACUUCUUGGUAAUAAUUCAACUACCUCUUUUUUAUUCUUGGGACAAGAAUGUUCUACUAGAUGAAGAAGUAUCUAAUCAUGAUCUCUCUCAGGGUCCGGUUGUCUUUUCCACUUCAGCUUGAACACAAAUUUGCAUCGCUGUCGAUGAAAAAGUUGACCCCCGUUAAUCUCGAAUGACCAGAUUUGUUUUUUAUCGCCCCUUUCUAGCGCUAGAAGAAAAGCGAUCUGUAUGUCGCUGUCGCAGUGAAGUCAGUAUAAUUUAGUCGUGUUUUCUUUGAUUUGUAUGCUGAUGAAAAAGUUGACCCCCGUUAUCCUACAUUUCCAGGAUUUGUUUGAUGCCGCCGCCUUCUAGUGCUAGAUAAAGAACAGCCAAAAAGGCUGACAGCUAUCAAACUACAAGGCCUGUUUUUCGUUUUUGUUUCGAGUGGUCAUUUUUGGCAGUUGUGUUCGACGCCGAGUAGGCUUCGCUCCUUCACUUAUGUUUAUUAUACCCAAAAGAAAAAUCUUACACUCACUCAUUCACAGUUACGCCUUGUAUUAAAAUAAAUCUACAGUUUUUUGGGCGCUGCUUCGAUUGGGUGCGGGAACAUGGCCUUGGUGCACCUGUAUCCAUCGUUCCAUCAAAUGUUGCAGAACACAAGUCCAAUCUGGGCUGUCGUUUGCGCAAUGACGUUUGCAAGCAAGCGCUUCAACGAUGUUGCGUACAUGUCCCUCAUUCCAGUGUGCGUAGGCGGCGCGCUCGCAGCUUGGGGAGAACCUAGCCAGUUUGAAUGGGUAGAAGAACUGAUUUUACAUUUUUAACUAAACUAGAACCUGCACUUGUACUUGUUCGCUCUAGAAGUAAAACUUGUUCUUCAUGUAGUUCUUGAUUGUGAUCAUAUCGCAAAAUAGGGAACAAUGCAGUGCGAUAAUACUAUAUAAUUUUGAUUUGCCUUCCGAUAUUGAUAUCCAUAUGGUCCUUGUUUGAUGUGACUCAACAACAAGUAUGUUGGAUACAAUUCACAACGAACAGAUUGGCGUUGUGUUGUCGAUUGUGUCUUCUGUGCUGCGAGCUCUACGAGCGACUUUGCAGGGACUGCUAAUGCAGGGACAGGAAAAGCUGGAUUCCAUCGCAUUGAUCUAUUACUCCUCGCCUGUCAACGUUGCCAUAUUUCUGGUAUUAUAUAUAUAUAAGUCGUGGAUACUAGAAUGGACUACAGAAGAAGAAGCUAUGAUUUCAUUAUGAGUAAUAGAAAAAAAUCCUUUGCUCUCUGCUACAAUUCUUUUUACAUCUACAAAUUGUUGCUGAUAAAUUCAGCUUGCUUCGCUUGUGAUCGAAGGGAGCGCUCCUUGGGUCGAGAUUUUAGAUGUGCCAAUGUCGGGUAUUCUUUGGAUUUUACUGGCGGCAUGUUGCGCAGCGUGCUUCAACCUGUUGGGGUAUUUGAUCCUCGGCUACAUGGGCGCAGUAGGUGCCAUGGUCGUCGGAAAUCUGAAGACGCCCACAUCCAUCGUGACAUCGUAUCUGGUGUUUGGGAACGGGAUCACCACAAUUCAAGUCUCCGGCUUCGUCAUGGCAGCUGUCGGCACAUACAUAUACUUAUGACCAGCAAGAACAAGAAGAAGAAAAUCAUGAACACGAUGUUUCUUGUAAGGAUCUUGUACUUGUUUUGGCCUUAUUAGAAGCUUGUUAUGGACGAGGUUCAGGUUUCCUCGUUAAAACAAAAUUUCAACAACAACAACAACAACAACAACAACAACAACUACAUUUGCUUAAAACUAAAAGAAGUCUGCGUCCUACACCUUUAAUGAAUUCAGCUCAUGGGCACGAGGUAAAAAUGGUAGAGGACGCUGCGCUAGCCACGAAGGACCUUGUGGAGAAGAAGCGCCCCUUGCGUGUGGAAGAAGGAGUGGAUACGGUUGAGCGCGCACGACUAAACCUCAGCACCACGAGUGCGACUGAUAUGGCUUAUCUCGUAGUACAUCUACAGGAUAUGGACGAAGUCGAAGUAGAAAUAAUAUCUUCUAACAUGAUCAUAGAUGAUUUCCUAAUUUUUGCUCGCUAACUCUACUAUAUAUAAAAUAUCAAUAUUGAAUAUUGAUAUUUUCUGAAAAAGAAUUUUAUCUUUUAAUUCAUCUCAACAUGAACAUCAAGAAGAUUCUCAUUCUUCUGCUCAAGUUAUGUUGAGUUCCAGUAGUGAGAUCCAAUACAACGCAAAUCGUGAGUGUACAAUCCACCAUGUUGUUGUCGAAUUGAUGACUCUUACUGCUCAACGUCGUGGUAACUCGUUCCAUUUCCAAUAUUUCUAAUUCUUCUUUUUCUGUUGUGAGCAGCAGUGGCCGAGCAUUGUCUCUCGGAGGUAAUUCCGAUGCUGACCCACUUGAAGUUGUUAUCCGGGAUGAUGCCACUUCUGAGCCGGAAGAUGCACAUGUGAUUGGCAUUCGAAGUGUUUCGACGUCGACUUCGAGCAGAGGUAAAAGAGAUGCCAAAAAGAGUAGUCGGCAUGAAAAGAAAACAGCAAGUUCGGACGACAGCACUAGCGUGUCUGGGUCUGGCGGUUCGGGGACGAGUGGUCCCGGGAAACAAGUAACCGCGUGCGAAAGCGAAGAUGAUAUUGAUAGUGACGACAGCGUUGAGCUCAGAUCCUCAACAUCAGGAAACUCGAGCAGAUCCAGAUCUGCUGGUGCUCUCUCAACGAGCUGCUACGGCGCGCUUUUGCACGAAGAAACAGUAGCACUAGACGAGGUAGAGCAAGACAUCGGAGAUAGCGAAGCCGAGGACUCUUCACACUUCAGUACAACUGCUGCAACUAUUUACAAGAAGAAUCAAGACGUCGCCCUCGCCAUCGAAUUCGAAGUCGACGAACAACAUCAACAUGAUCAAGUCCUUCUAGCCGCGACUACUUCUAGUAGUGAAGAAAGGUCAACAUCUAUGGAUGUAAAAACUGUACUCAUUCUCAAAAACGAGACUAAAAACUUUUUUUAUGUUGAGACUUCACCGGUUGGCGGGCAAGCCACAACGAGGGCCGAGCGCCGGACUUGUAGCAAGGGCACACACGUCGUGGCGCGCGAACCCCAAAGAAAAGCCAACCAAAACCACCAAAAGCGACACAAACCAACCCAGGAAUCGGACGCCAGGGACCCGCCGUCUGCACUCUGACGCCAAGGAAGCGGCACGCGGCUCCUGGGAGCAAUCUACCAAAGCAGCGCAAAAUAGGCACCAACACCCGGCGAAACGGAGGCAGGAGUGGGCGCCGCGCUGCGGACCGAGAAGGCACUCAGCCACAGAGCCAGCAGCCGCCGCCGCCUGUCAGGUCUCGGAGCCCUUCAGCAGAUUCACCCAAGAGCUGCGUCAAGGGUAUCGGGCCCUACUGGAGCACAAACCAGGUGGCGGAUUCCAGUGCUGGAGAGGCUCGAGGGGUGAACUAAAUUGCAUCUUUUUCCCAACGUCCGCGUCUCAGGUGUGUCCUAACCCUCAAAAUUCAAAGGCUGAGAAAAAGAUGCAUUUUAGUUCGUACAUAGGCGGAAUCCAGUGGGAAAAGGCUCGCGAAGCUUGUCCAGAUUUGCACGCGCUGGAGCCUUCCCAAAUCUGGACCGCUCUCGGGAGCUUCCUCGCACUAGGUUCCUGCUCUCUUUGAAUUAAAAUGGGCAAUCUUCUCAACGUCUGGAUCUGAGGGGUUGAGUCACACCCCAGACGCAGGCGCUGCGAAAAGUAUGCAAUUUAAUUCAAAUCUCUUGAGAAGGUACAACAACACACGCGCACCAAGUCCCCAAGAGGGUCGCGCAGCGUCGCCGCUGUGCGCCGCCCUCCGAGGGGUGCUGCCUGCGUGGCUCUUGACUACUCCAAGAGUGGGCCUUGUUUCUCUUGGCAUAGCAUCGCUACGAGCUGUCUGGCGUGUGCCUCGUCACCAGCGACGCACAUGAGCACCGGCACCCGCCGCGCGUGUGUGCGGGUGACUCCCAAGGGCAGCAAGGUGAUGGCUUGGCGCCCGAGCCGCAGGAAGUGAGCGCAUGGCGCCCUUGUUCUUGGGCUGGCAUGUGUCGCUUUGGGUGGCUUUGUUGGACCUCUCUCCUGGGUUUCCCGUGCCACGCCGGCUUGCCCCCUCGCCGUAUGGAUUGCGCCCGGCGCCGGUUGUGAGUGGCCAGCCAAGCGGCGAAAUCUCAACACGCGAAAAAUUUUUGAGUCUCGUUUCCGAGAAUGAGUACAGAUUUUUCUUCCAUAACAUCAGCCUGCUCCACAUCGCGCGACUCCUCGAUGGAGGAAGGAUGGACAAGAACGUCAACCGCGAAUCAUCAGCGCAAGAGUCACGGAGACCUUGUUUCGUCUGAUGUGGCCCCUGGCGCAGCAACGGAAAAUAAAACCUUCACUACUUCUCCAGGAAGUUGUGAAAUAGAGUCUUUGGCGCGAGGAAAUGUUGCACCUACUAGUAAAAACAGUUAUCAAUCGGCAGCUGGAUCACAAAAUCGCUGGGGUACAAGGGCAAAGAAGUGAGUUUGUGCCUAUUGAAACUUCUCCCUAAAAAGCAUCUCAAUCCAAGAUGGUGCAGCACAUGCUAGUACUUCUCAGUAGAGGACGACAAGAGAACUUUGGAGUUCUUCUUGUCCGUCUCGUUCACAUCCUGAUAUCAUCUAGUCUUUCAUAACAUUGCUUUCCCGUAUUUUUCCGCGUACGACAACACUUAUGUCACAAGAGUAGAUCGCGAGAAGUUCUGCGACAAGGAGAAAAUGUUUGUCGUGGAUACCAGUAGACGAGGUGGUACACAGUGACAGUAAGAUAGAAACCAACAUGAACUACAAACCUUGUAUAGAAGCUUUUUUUCCAAACACUUGUGAUGUUUUUAGUUGUGCGACCACGAAGUUGUAGUUGAAAUUUUUGACCAUAAGUACUUAUUUCUGUUAGGCAUUUUCAUGCAUGUUCGUUUUUUAAUCAUUCAGUAUGACAGCACACGGAAGUACAAGACAACAAGAGCGGCACCAAUGAACUACAGACUUUUAGUAGAGGGGAGGCUGGGACAACGGAGUGUCUGCCGAUGCCGCAAUACGAUAAGAAGCAGCGCUAGUCUACUAAGCAAGUAGUAUGGUUUCUACAACAAACGGAGACACAAGGCAGGAGCGGGACGAGGUACCAAGUGCAUUACAUCAUAGAACAAUUGUGCAACAACACAUUGAAGAACAAUGUAGUUUUUUGUAUUCGAAUUUGUGGUCGUAGCACCAUCUACCGUAGUGUCUCUUCGUUGUUGUCGCAGCAGUUGUCGGACGUUUCUGAUUGUUUCAGUCUUCCCAGAAGUCUACAACAUAAUUUCACUGUCUCGAAAGCUGGGCCUGCUAC